CAUUGCAGCUUCACUCUGCUUACACAGUCUUUCUCUCAACCGAAAGUUCUCUAUUUUCUUAGUUUUCAGUCUGGGUUUCUUCUCGAGGUUUGAGAGUUUGAUCAUGGAUGAUGUGUAUGCAAAGUUCAUUGAGAGAAUGAACCCAACAAGAGUUGUGAUUGACAAUGAGUCUUGUGAGCUUGCCACCAUUAUAGAGGUUGUUAGUACUAAUAGGCAUGGAAUACUCCUUGAAGUUGUCCAAGUACUUGCAGACUUAGACCUCAUCAUAACAAAAGCAUACGUCUCCUCUGAUGGAGGAUGGUUCAUGAAUGUGUUUAAUAUGACUGACUGUGAUGGGAACAAAGUUAGAGAUGAAGGGAUCCUCGAUUAUAUACAGAAGACUGUUGAAACUGAUGCGUGCUGCUUGGAGUCAAUGAGAGGGUCAACUGGGGGAAUGCCCUCGGAGGAGCAUACGUCAAUUGAACUAACUGGCACUGAUAGGCCUGGGCUGUUGUCAGAAGUAUUUGCAGUACUUACAGACCUCAGAUGCAACGUGGUGAACGGUGAAAUAUGGACACACAAUUCUAGAGCUGCUGCUGUUAUUGACGUGACAGAACACUCAACUGGACAAGCAAUUGAAGAUCCAAAACGGCUCUCUACUAUCAAGCAACUGCUUUGCAAUGUCCUCCAAGGAAAUAUCAGUUUUAUGACACCUAGAAUCACAAUAUCCUCAUCUGGGGUAACACACAGACAAAGAAGAUUACAUCAAAUGAUGUUUGCCUAUAGGGAUUUCGAAAGGCUUAAAGAUGUCGAGCAUAGUUCAAGAAUCCAUGUUUGCGUAUUAGAUUGUAAUGAUAGAGACUAUACUGUUGUCUCCAUAAGAUCCAAAGACCGGCCGAAGCUUUUGUUUGACACACUGUGCACUCUAACAGAUAUGCAGUAUGUGGUGUUCCAUGGGACUGCCAUCACAGAAAGGAUGGAAGCUUAUCAGGAAUACUACAUCAGACAUAUCGAUGGGCUUCCCGUAAGUUCAGAGGCUGAGAGACAACGUGUUAUAGAAUGCCUUGAAGCAGCCAUCCAGAGAAGAGCCUCUGAGGAACUGGAACUAGAACUGUGCAGUGAUGACAGACUCGGACUCCUCUCGGAUAUUACCAGAAUAUUUCGGGAAAAUGGUUUGUGCAUUAGACAGGCAGAGAUGGCAACAAGAGGAGGGACAGCAAAAGAUACAUUCUUUGUCACUGAUGUGUCUGGCCAACCUAUUGAUCCUAAAAUCAUUGAUUUGAUUAGGCAACAGAUAGGACAAAACAUAUUGCAGGUGAAAGGGAACUUGAGUCUGUCUCCGAAAUUUCCGCGGGAGAUGGCUAGAAGUUUCCUCUUUACAAACCUUUUCAAAAGUCGAAUUUGUUAAGUAUAUAAUCGUGCCCAUAGUUCGCUCAUGUUAUUUCUAGGAAGGAACAACAUAUAGACAUUGAGUGCGAUUUCAGAACAAAGGACAACAAAAUUUAGUCACCAUACACGGCAGGAAUGAUGAUAUAUCGUUUCUUUGGGCUGCGUAAUUGUGUGCGAGUGUGAAGGAAAUAAAUUGUAGAAAUACAAGGAAACUGCUAGAUAUUUGAAUGUAAAAUCAAGGUGAAGACUUCAGAUUGAUACAAGAGUAGAAGAUAAAUGCUGCCAAGGAAAUAUUAUUGAACCUAGUGCUGUGAACAUUUCUAAAGAGCUUCUAGCCAACUAAUGGGACGAAAAUGGUGUUCAUCAGCCUAAUUGUAAAUUUAAGUGCAACUGGCGGUAACAUCGAUUUCUGCUUAGAAAUAAACACAAAAGCGUACAUUGAAAUUUCAUAAGGCGCAUCUUUUUUUU